AAAAAUCGUACAUAACCUAUGAGUUGUUAAUUUAGCGUAAUACAAUACAGUUUAUUGGAAAACGAAACAAGAACCCUUAACUUUAUCAGCACACUCGUUACACUUUAAGUAUUUUACAUUUCGGGUAUUUUAAAGGGACGUCGAAAUGGCCAAAGACUAUCAGCACACCUUUGAUGUUUUAAGUGGCAAAUUAUCUCAAUUAACUUUGAGUCGGAUUAAAGGAGAUCAUAAAUACAUAUGUACAAUUUUGGAUGAAAUUAACAUCUUAGAUUUUGAAAAACCAGUUGUUACUAAUGCAUCGAAAGCAGUUUUAUUAGUCCAUCAGUGUUGUACACUUAUUCUACCAGACGACAACAUUUUGGUUGCGAAAUGUUGUAAAUUAAUUUUAAACCUAAUUAAUCAUCAAAAUAUUAUAUUAGAAGGUCAAACGUUAGUUAUAACAGUUCGUUGGAUGUUGCAAGCAUUAAGAAAUGCCUCUGACCAUUUAUUUUUGGAUCUCCUCAGUACCUUAGAUACAGUAUUGAAAUCAAGUAGAAAGAGUUUAGAUUGUUUAUUGCCAGAAAUUGUUAUUAAAAAUGGACCCUUGUUACAAAUUCUGGACAACAAAAAUUCUGAAGUUAUUCUAGGUGCCCUGCAAAUAUUGGAAACGUGCACUAAUUGUGAAGAUGAUGAAAAAGUGAGAAAGAAUGGCAGCAACGAAUACCAGAAAGAGUAUACAAUAUGCGCAAACAUAUUUGAAAAAUUUUUGACUGAUAUUAAACCCCAGAACUAUGAUGAUUUAAUUUUUUGCAAAAUAUUAAUUUGUUGUUUGAAAGGAUUAGAAAAUGUUAUUCAACAAAGUUCAAGUUAUUUGCAAGAAAAGUUGGGCCUUCUUUUAGGUAUUUCUAAAAGUUACAUGGUUUAUUGUAUAAAUAAUGUUGAUUUUGUAAUUCCCCAACACAUUACUCCUUCAACUUUUGCCCUUGCUGAGCCAGUUACUUCAACGUCAAGGGAUAAAAAAGGUGGGAAGAUCACCAAGCAAAGGAAACAUAGAGCAGCUAAAAAUAGAAAAGAUAAAAGAACAUCUGAAUCUGACUCUGAAUUGGGGGGUGAAUUUCAUAAUGCCAGUUCUUACGUUCCAGUCUCAAAUUUUUCAGAUGAAAACAACACUCAAAGUUCUUCUCUAAAAAUGAAAGCUAGUGAUUCUGAUUUUUCGGACACAGAAGUAGGGAAAGUUGCAAAAAUAAAAAUCACUCAGGGUAGAGUGAGACAAACAGCCCUAUCCCUUCUUUAUAACAUAGUUAAGUUAACUGAGAAGUCAAAAAUUUUCCCAUUUUGGUCUAGCUUUAUACCAGGCGGCUCACUUUUGUCAAAACACAACUUAAGAACAUGUAUUCUUCAUGAACCAUCUCCAAGAGGUCGUAUGGCGGCCCUAAAUGUUUUAUUAGCGUUGUUAACCAGUUCGAAAAUGUAUUUGUCUCAAGCUGAAAUGAGCGAUAAAUAUUCGGCAUUUACCCCGUUUUCUGUAAUGUUGGGGGAAACUAUUUAUGAAUUACACAAAUGCCUGUGCCUGGCCCUAAACGAGAAUUCAGUACAGGUUCUUAUACAAUGCCUUAAGUGUCUUUCAGUCCUUAUUCAAAGCACCCCUUACAAUAGACUUAAGCCUGGACUUUUAAGCAAAGUCAUACGUAACGUUAAAGUGUUCAUCAAGCACAAAGAUGCUACAGUGCAAGUUGCAAGUUUGAUCGUUUUGGGGUGUGCUCUUGCGUCUGAACCAGUAGUUCCAGAAACGAAACAGGCUUUUCUCAAACAGACGUUUAAAUAUUCGGUCAAACAGCCGAAAACAGAUAAAAGUCAAAAACAAGAGAAAGAAACUUAUUCAGAUGAUGAUUUUGAAUAUGUCAACUUUUCUUCUGAUGAAGAGAGUUGUGUAAUAGGAAAAGAUUUGGAGUGUUCCGGGUGUAAAAAAGACAUUUCUUGGUUGCUACAAGUGUGCCUCAACAAUUUAGGAAUUAAUGGUGAAGAAAGUCAACAGGCUGUUGCUGUUCCAGUAAAAUUGGAAUCACUUCAAGUAAUUUCGUCCAUGACACGAAAUUAUUUUCAGUCUCUAAUGGCGCCCCAUUUCAGUUUGAUUACCGAGGCUUUGGUAGCAUCUUUGAACGACAAAAGUCAAGGAAUUCAUAUACACCUACAUGCAGGCAGAACUGUCGAUUUUAUUGGACAAAGAAUGUCGUCAUACUUUAAUAGCAAAGAUCCUGAUCAAACAUUACCUCUUGAAAAAGGAUUAGAGUUUUGGACUUUGCUUUUGAACGGUCCUUUGAUUGGUCUCAUUCAGGACGAAAAUAACCCUCCUCUCAGGGCAGUUGGUUGUGACUGUUUGGGGAGCAUAGGGUCCCAUAUUUUUGAAUGUCUGCCAAGGGACAAACAAAUUCUUACGGUUACUUUACUAUUUGCUUGCAGUCGUGAUUUAGAAAAUAUUGUUAAGGCUUCGUCUGUAAGGGCUUUAGGCAUAUGUGUGCAGUAUCCGUCAUUAAGAGAAGACAUAGGUUUUGUUGUUGAUGUCGCAGAAACAGUAUAUUCGACAUUGCAAGAUAACAAUAGUGCAGUUAAAAUUAAAUCAGCGUGGUCUUUAGGAAAUCUUAGUGACAGUUUGACAGCAAAUAGGUCCGAAGUAAACGGUGAAGAAAUCCCCACAAAUCUUUUGAUUAAAUUAUUACAAGUAACAAUAGCAGCAUCAGAUCAAAAUGAUAAAAUUAAAAUGAACACCGUUCGAGCUCUGGGAAACCUCCUACAAUUAGUUCACAGAGAUCUUCUAGAGACGAAUAAAAACGUUUGGCAAUGUCUAGAAGCAGCCUUUAACGUUUUAGUUAAAUGUGCCACUACAGGAUCACAUGCUAAAGUUCGGUGGAAUGCCUGUUAUGCUCUUGGAAAUGCUUUAAAGAACGAAAAUUUGUAUUUCGAAGGCGCAAAUUGGCAGAAUUCAGUAUUUUCAUCGCUUUCUUUUCUGGUGAUCAGCUAUCGCAAUUUUAAAGUUCGGAUAAAUGCAGGCUACGCAUUAUCUUGUCCACUAAAAAGAACAUUUUAUAGUCAUAAUUUCAAUUUAGUUUGGACUUCUUUACUGAAGGCCUUGGAAAAUGCAGAAAACAUGGAAGAUUUUAGCGAGUACAAGCACAGAGAUCACUUAGUUGAACAAAUUUGUUUAACUGUUGCACACAUGACAACGUUAUUAACCCCUGAAGAUCUCAGUAGUAUGGAAGACAAUUUCGCUUUUUAUAGUGACCUCCUUGGACAACAAAUGCGUCAUGUUGCAGACAGAGUUAUCCCCGAAAAAUCUGCUGUACUUAUGACAGCUUUAGAACAUUUAAAAAAAUUAGCAAAAAAAUGCGAAAGUUUUUCAUCUGACCAAAAAUAUAUUCUAGACUGUUUGAUGAAAAUAUUUUACAUUAAUACUCUGUAAAUGUUUUUAUUUGUCUUGUUUUUUACGGAUAUGAUAAUAUAUAAUUGUUAUCAAAAUGUGUUGCCUUUUAAUCACUGUGAAGUCCCAAAAAUACAUAAAAACUAACUGUCUAUAUAACUCAUUUAAUAAUUAAAAAUUAUUUUGAUUUAAAGCUACAUAU